GUGAUUAAGUAGGCUUUUUGGUUCGAUUGGUUCGAGAUCAAGAUAUAUAAGUGUGUAAAAGUCGGGCGGGAAAUCAGGUUGAGAUAGGAAUCUUGGUUCUAAGAGUUUCCUAGCUUGUAUCAGGUUGAGGUUGUAGGUACCUAUGCAACUUUGACUUUCGACCAACUUUACUGUUACUGAUAGUAUGAUACUGACGCCUUGCUUUGGGGGAGCUGGUAGGUGGCGCCGUUUCACUGUCAGAAGCUGAUCUACCCUUGCUGUUCCCGACCGGCUGGCGUCUCUGCUCUCCCCCGCGCCUGUGACUUGGCCGGCAGCGCUGCGCCGCCAUGGCCGACCGGCUGACGCAGCUGCAGGACGCCGUCAACGAGCUGGCCGAGCUGUUCUGUAACAGUGUGGGCAUCCUGCAACAGCAGGCGGCGCCCGGCCACUUCCCCGGCUUCGACCGCGCCGGCGGCCGCACGCCGCAGCACGUGCAGCCGGCAGAGGACUACGCCCAGCUGUUCGCCACGCUUAUCGGACGCAAGGCCAAGGACAUUGACACGCUGAUCGACUCGCUGCCCAGCGAGGACUCCUCCACCGAGCUGCAGCUGUCCGCCCUGGAGCUGCUCGAGCGGGAGAACGAGGCGGCCGGCCAGCGGCUGCGGGAGGUGGUGUCCCGCGGCGAGCAGCUGCUGCAGCGGAUCCAGGAGGCGCUGCACGAUAUCGCGCAGAGCCAGCUGGACACACAGCUGCUGCUGGCCGGACACCGGCCCGAGCCGUGACCGGAGCGCGCGCCCGAGUGUACACCGGUGGGUUCGCGGCGAAUGGACGCUAGUGGGUAUGACGGGGAGAGGACGUCUUUUGACGGCACCCCUACCGCCUGGACAUGGUCAGUGAGGGGCGGCGCUCGCCGCUGGAAGGUGCAAAGAGCAGUGGACGAGGAACUUGCCGUGCGCUGAAGAGACGCGCUGUGUUGUGUUGAGAGACGAUGUUGGAUGUGUGGGGGAAUGGGGGUUGUCUAGCGCUCUUUUGUACGUUUGUCCCAUACGUUUUCACAGGAUGAGGUGAGGGAAUGGCUCGGCGACAUCUCACAUUGAAGAUGCACGUUCUUAAACGUAUCGUAAACGCGAAUGCUGUGUGGUGGCAUUUGUGUAAACGUAUUAGCACGAAAGGUACAGCGGUUUGAAUCUUGUCGCUAUCCUUGAAAGGUCAUUAUCAUUCGUUAUCAUUUUGUUUUGAACUUCUGUCUGGCCAUUUAUAUUCGAGAGAUUACGAACUUCUCUAAUUUAUGCCGAUUCAUUCAUUCUGAAAUUGAAAUUGAGUUUUUUUUUUACACAAUUCGUGACGGCUUUGCUGAAUCAGACACGUCACUGGGUGUAAUCCGGAUGCGUUGGGCUAUAUUUAUUGUCUCGGUGAACAUGAAAUUGUUCAGUUGAUAACAUAUUUUGCGAAUACAUUUGUUGAGACUGUA